AUGACUGGCCAGAGGCUCGUAACAUUUGAUCUUAUCGCAGAUGAUGUUUCCGAAUGGUUCACCCAGACUUGGAACGACGAUUUGCAGAACAUAGGAAAGGCGCCGGUCCUGGCACUACGUUUGCAACACGCGUUGCACUCCGUCCGGAGAGCGGUGAACCGCGAACCCAACAUCUCGAAGUCGACCUUAGAGAGCGCUUGGUCCUUGCUGCGAUCCAUGAUGGUGGAGUUGCGCGAAGAGACCCAGAACAACAAAUCCCAGUUGCCAGUAUUCUAUGAGUUACUGGAGGCCGCCGAGGCCGCCGAAGAUAGUGUUGAUCCUGCUGCGUUACGUACGUUCCUCAUUACGCCUUGGAAGAGGCUAUCGAGAGCGGCCGUAAGCGAGACAGGCCCGUCGAAAUGGUGGUUAGCCUUUGAUCAUGGACUACCGCUGACGUUGGAGAACGUUAGAGGCUUCGACGACUUUGAGGAUGCGGAGGCAGGUAUGUCCUCCGUUAGUCAUAUCAUGUUAUAUGUCACGACGGGCGAAGAUAUAGAUGUCACGUCGCUAUUGGACGAUGCGGUGGACGAAGACGAUGUCUUCUGGAGUAUUCGGUGGCCCGAUGCGAUAAGGCUGCCGCAAUCCGUCUUGUGCUCGCUCCAUCCACCCGAAAGCAUAGAGGGUUACGUAUAUAACUUCCACCACCCCUCCAACAUCUGGGCGGACUGGAGCAUGAUGGCGAUGGAGACCAGCAUACACGAGUUGCGUAGGGCUCUGGAAGACGGGGACGUCGUGCUACCCCUUGAAGUACUCUGGAUCCUUCCAGCCAUGAACGGCUUGACAUCACCUCCCAUGAAGUUUCGGAGCGGUCUGACAGACAACGGCUUUUGUGACAAGGAUCAGACGUCCGACGAUAGCGCCGCAAGCACCCCGGAUCCUAUACAGUCAGGUAACGAGGAAGCUUCAGGUGUGCCGCCCCACGUUCACUCGGACGAAGAAGCAACUUUGCUUGACGCAACUGCGGUCAUUGAAGAUCACUCCCACCUUUCUUUGACAAGCGACAUUCGUGCCCGUGUCUCGCCCCCUCCGGAACAACUUGGGCAAGCUCGAGCGUCACGCGUGGACGGUGCUCUUGGAGGUCACGUACUACAGGACGAUCGCGAACCGGCGGAGCUCACGUUUGAAGAGAUGUUCCAGCGUGAGAUGGAUCGUUUGAGGAAUGAAGAGAUGAGCCAUGUCACGCACUCCGUCGCCUCUUUACGGCUUCAAGCCGAGUCAGGGACGACCUCUGACGGGACGAGCGCCGGCCCAAGUGCCAUUUCCAAGAUUUCACAGCGGCGGUCAAUCAGCGACGACAUAUCUGCAGAAGAAUUUGCCAUUUUGAUGAAACGUAUGGAUGACAUGGAGAACAGGGCGAAUGCUCGAGGUAGACAGGCCACGAAUGAUCUCCGCGAACUACUCCGGGAGGAGACGGACAAGAUUCGUGCGAGGGCUUAA